AUGAGUAAAAGUCCAGUUAAAAAAGAUGACCCAACUUCAAGCAAUAAUCCAGGUUGGUUAUACAAAAUAAAAUCAAUCAUUUUUUUAAACAACAAGAUAAUAGACUUUGACAAAGUUCAAUCAGACAAUAAAACCAAGGAUGAUCAAUUAAAAGAGAUUCAAGAUUUUAAAAUUCCAACUUUACCAUUACCAAAUAAUUAUCAAAAAAGAUUACCAAAAUUAAACUACAAUUUAAAAACAAGGUUAAAUUUUUUGUCUAUGGAAAUUUAUAAUAGUUCUAAAACAACUCAACUGUUUUUACAUCAAAAUGAAGAUAUUGUAACUUUAGAAUUUAUUGCAUUUACAAACAAGUUCAAAUUAAAAUUAUAUAAAUCGUUGAAUAGAUUAAUUAAUGAAAUUAUAGAAAUAUCCAAAAUUUGGUAUAAUUCCCCGAUGUUUGGAUUUGAAAUUAUCAAGCUUAUAUUACAAGAAAGUUCAAAUUUUAUUGUUGGUUGUCCAUAUGAUCCCAUCUUGGUUGAAUGUUUCUGUUUUACUUUAUAUUGUGAUUAUGAAAUCUUAAAUUUAGUUGUGAAAUUAAAAGAUCAAUUGAAAAGAUCAAAGUUUAAAAAAUUUAAAAAUGAUAUUUGUUUAAAUAUGUUGAUUGUUUUCAAUUUAAAUAUUAAAAAUGGUGAUGAAUUUGCUAAUGAUUUUAUUUCUAAAUUUAUCACUUUAUGGGUUUAUGCUUUAUUAGAUGUGAAUUAG